GCCCCCAGAGCUGGAUGUGCGGCCGGGAACGGGCGAAUUCGCAGAGGUGAGGCGUGGCCGCCGGAGGUCGCAGUGGACUCGGGGGGAACCCAGAUCAGCGUGCGAGCCUCGGCGGAAGAGCUUAAGGAGGGGAGAGGAUCCACGGAGGUCCGUGGCUCUGAGGUUGCGAUGCCUUUGCCGCCAGGCCCGGGGGACUGCGGCGGUCGGGCAUUCAGGCUCUGUGGAGAUCGUGAGGAAUCGCUGACACUGGAGGAUGUGGCCGUGGACUUCACGUGGGAGGAGUGGCAGCUCCUGGCCCCCGCCCAGAAGGACCUGUACUGGAAUGUGAUGCUGGAGAACUACAGGAACCUGGUGUCACUGGGGUAUCAAGCUCGCCAACCAGAUUCACUCUCUGAAUUGGAACAAGAAGAACCACCAUGGAUUUUCAAAGAUGAAGUCCAAAGUCAAACCCAUCCAGAAAUUGAGAGAGUUGACGAUCAUCUGCCUCAGCACUUAGAAAAUCUCAAAAUGCCGAAGAGGAUGGAACAGUGUUAUGAACUGAACACAUGUGGAAAGACUGUUCAUCAGAGCAAAAGUCAUUUUCCUUUCAGGCCAAAUCAUGAUAGGUUUCAUUUACGUGGAAAAACUUUGAAACCACACUUAAUCAACCGAAGUAGAAGCUGUGACAAAGAGCCUGCUGAGUCUGGUGGAGACGGGAGAUCCUUUCUCAGUGCUAAUCACAAGCAAACUCACACUGAAAUUCAAUUCCAUGAAAGUAGAAGGCCCACCAGCACUAAGUCACAAUUCCUUAAACAUCAGCAAAUACACAAAAUAGAGACAGCCCACGAAUGUCCUGAAUGUGGGAAAGCCUUCCUCAAGAAGUCUCGGCUCACAGAACAUAAGAGAAUUCAUACAGGAAAAAAACCCCAUGGGUGUAGUGUAUGUGGGAGAACCUUCUCCAAGAAGUUCAAGCUCACUGAACAUCAGCGAAUUCACAAAGGAGAGAAACCCUAUGAGUGCUGUGAGUGUGGGAAAGCCUUCCUCAGGAAAUUUCAGCUUACUGAACAUCAGAAGACUCAUACAGGAAAUAAACCCCAUGGCUGCGGUAUAUGUGGGAAAGCAUUCUCCAGAAAGUUCAAGCUGACUGAACACCAGAGAACUCACACAGGAGAGAAACCUUAUGGAUGUACUGAAUGUGGCAAAGCCUUCUGCAGGAAGGCAGAACUCAUUAUACAUCAGAGAAAUGAAAGAGGAGAAAGGCCCCAUCAGUGCAGUGAAUGUGGAAAAGGUUUCGCCAGAAAAUCACAACUCAUUCUACAUCAGAAAACUCAUACAGGAGAGAAAUCUUAUAUAUGCAGUGAAUGUGGAAAAGGUUUCAUUCAGAAGGGCAAUCUCCUUAUACACCAACGAACUCAUACUGGAGAGAAACCCUAUGGAUGCACUGAAUGUGGUAAGGCCUUCAGCCAGAAGGCGUGCCUGAUAGCACAUCAGCGAUUUCAUACAGGAAAGACUCCCUUCGUAUGUACUGAAUGUGGAAAAUCUUGUUCACAGAAAUCAGGACUCAUUAAACAUCAGAGAAUUCACACAGGAGAGAAACCCUAUAAAUGCAGUGACUGUGGGAAAGCCUUCACUACAAAGACAAUGCUCACUGUCCAUCAAAGAACUCAUACAGGAGAGAGACCCUAUGGAUGCGAUGAAUGUGGGAAAGCUUUCUCCCACAUGUCAUGCCUUGUUAAACAUAAGAGGAUACACACAAGAGAGAAACAUGUAGAUUCAGUGAAGGUUGAAUAUUCUUCCACAGAGGGUCACAGCUUAUUAGAUACUAGUGAAUUCAUGCAGGGGAAAAGCCCUGUUAAUACAGUGACUGCACAGAUGCCUUCCGCGAUCCCUCAGACCUUAUUAAACAUCAGUGGGCUCCUCGCAGAUAGGAAUGCGGUCCUAGUGGGACAGCCAGCUGCCAGAUGUGCACCCUCAGGAAAUAAUGGAGAAUUUGUACAGGAGAGAAACCUUAUGAAUGCAGCGAAUGUGGUUGUGCCUUCAGUGGUCAAUUACAUCUUAUUUUAUGUCACGAAAGCCCAGAGCAGACAGAAGACAGAGCAUAUCCUGGAGUUUCUAGCCCUUUAAGAACAGGAGAAAAUGACCAAGGCCCAGGCACCGUUAUCAUUUGAGGACGUGGCCGUGAGCUUCUCCCGGGAGGAGUGGCGGCUCCUGGUCCCCGCCCAGAAGGACCUGUACCGGGACGUGAUGCUGGAGAACUACAGGAACCUGGUGUCAGUGGGAUACCAAGCCAGCGAACCAGAUUCACUCUUCCAGUUGGAGCAUGGAGGGCCACUGUGGGCAGUAGAGGGAGCAGCUCCGAGGCCACCCUGUCCAGAAGAAAUAUGGGAGAUUGACCAUAUGCAGUGGCACCCAGAAAACCAAAACGAGAUUAAAACUUUGGAAAGAUGUCAGCAAAAUUAUGCACUUGGAAAUAAUUUCAAUUUAUGCAAAAGUCUUGUUCCUUUAACACAAAGACACAAUAAAUUUGGUUCACAUUGUAAAGGUUUAAAAUCACAUUUAGGUUUUGUUCUCCAGAAUAGAAGAUACGCAGGAGAAGAUCCUGAUGAGUUUAGUGGAUAUGGGAAAUCCUCUGUCUACAUCCAACAGGAUACAACUCUUACUGGAAUUAAAUGCACUAAAUCACAGCUCGGUGAACAUCAAAAAACUUACGCAGAAGAGAAACCACAUGAAUGCAGUGAGUGCGGUAAGGUCUUCUCCAGGAAGGCACAACUCAUUAGACAUCAGAGAACUGAAAGAGGAGAAAAGCCCCAUGGAUGCAGUGAAUGUGGGAAGACAUUCAUGAGGAAGAUUCAGCUCACUGAACACCAGAGAAUUCAUACUGGAGAGAAGCCCCAUGAAUGUAAUGAAUGUGGAAAAGCGUUCUCUAGGAAGUCACAGCUUAUGGUACAUCAGAGAACUCACACAGGAGAGAAACCCUAUGGAUGCAGUGAAUGUGGAAAAGCCUUCAGCAGGAAGUGCCGGCUCAAUAGACACCAGCGAUCUCACACUGGAGAGAAACUCUAUGGAUGCAGCGUGUGUGGGAAGGCCUUUUCCCAGAAGGCAUACCUCAUUGCACAUCAGAGACUUCACACAGGAGAGAAGCCUUACGAGUGCAGUGAAUGUGGAAGAACUUUCUUUUUUAAGUCAGACCUGACCAAGCAUCAGAGAAUUCAUACAGGAGAGAAACCUUAUGAAUGCAGUGAGUGCGAAAAAGCCUUCAGGAGCAAGUCAAAGCUCAUUCAGCAUCAGCGAACUCAUACUGGAGAGAGGCCGUAUGCAUGCAGUGAAUGUGGCAAAGCCUUUGCCCACAUGUCAGUCCUCAUGAAACAUAAGAAAACUCAUGCAAGAGAGAAAACUAUAAAUUCACUGAAAGUGGAGAAACCUUCCUCAGGGAGUCAUAGCUCUUUAUACGUGAGUAAACUUGCCCAGGAGCAAAACCAGAUGAACACGGUGCCUGUGGAAAUACCUUCUUCGGGAACUCAGCCCUUGUUAAACCUCAGUGAGCUCCUUGGGGGUAGAAAUGUAGUGUUUGUGGAACAGCCUUUUCUAAGAAGUCAGGCCUCAGUAAGUAAUCUGGAAUUUGCACAGGGAAUAUGUCUUGCAAAUGCAGUGAAUGUGACCACACCUUCUGUAAUAAAUUAUGUUUUAUAUGUUACAGACAUUGUGUAAGAAAGAAAAUCCUCUGGUACCAGGAUCUAUCUGAUACUAGAAAAGCCUUUAGCAAGAAUCCUCCACACAUUCUAUGUGAGAGCUCAUUUUGGGCAGAAAUGCUAUGGAGGCAGCGGUGGUGGAGGCUACGUCUGUGAGAAUUCAGACUUACUAAAUAUCCAUGAAAGCCCAGUCCACAGAAAUGCAGCUAUUGUGGGGAACCCGUUUCCUGGAGAUGAUUAUCUCCAUUGCUAUCAAAGAAUUCCCACAGGACCAGAACAUGAGGAAAGAAUGUGAUGAUGUUUUCAAUGAUAAGUUGUACCUAAUCACAUGCCAGAGAAGUAUAGAAAGAUAUUAGAGACACUGAAUACAGACAGCAUUUUUAGUAAAAUGUGGAAGAACUCAUAGGAAAGAGAGACCCCUGAAUGCAAUAAAAGAUGGAAAUUCUAUCACCAAACUAACUAAUGUGUCACAAUUUUAUACCUUGGGAAUGAAUCUGGGAAAGACUUCUCUAAUAAAUGAAAUCUUGGGCACCAGGAAUUGCGUUAUGUAGCAAAAACCUAUGAAUAUGAUGAAUGUGGAGAUACAAGUGUAUUAGUUUCUUAUCGCUGCUGUAACAAAUUACCAUAAAUUUGUUGGCUUAAAAUAACAGAGAUGUAUUAUCUUAUAGUUCUGGACGUCUGAAGUCUGAAAUGCAUCUCACUGGGCUCAGAGCAAGGGGUUGGCAGGACUGCAUUUCUUUCUGGAGGCUCCAGGGAGAACCUGUUCUCUUUGUCCUUCCAGUUUCUAGAAGCUGCCCAAAUCUGUGGCUUGCAGGUCCCUUCCACCUCAAAGCCAGCAAUGGCCAGUCAACUCCUCCAUCAUUCUGGCACUGCCUCCUGCCUCCCUCUCCCACAUUUAAGGACCUAUGUGACUACAUUGGGCCCACCCAGAUAAUCCAGGAUAACCUUCCUAUUUAAAAUCAGCUAAUUAGCAACCUUGACUCCACCUAACUACCUUGAUUCUCCCUUGCCUUAUUCUCUGACAUAUUCACAGGUCCUGGAGAUUAAGAUGUGGAUAUCUUUGGGGGGCCAUUAUCCUGCCUAUUGCAGACCACCAUCUGGCACCCAGUGAUUUGUGUCCAUACCACAUGGAAAAUACAUUCGCUCUAUCCCAGCACCUCCAAAUGUCACAAACUAUUAACAGCACCAACUCAAAGUCCAAAAAUCCCACCUAAAUCUUAUCAGCUCAAAAGCUCUAAAUCAAGCAUUGGGUGAAGCUCUGCGUAUAGAUCGUCCUGAGGCACAAUUCCUCUCUUGACUGUGAGCCCGUGAAACUCCAGAAAUGAGUCACAUGGCCCUAAAAUACCCAAUUGCGUCUUUUACUUCAAAUGCCCUGUGCCCUGUAGCGUAACGUAUUUACAGGUUCUGGGGAUUAGGACAUGAAUGUGUUUGGGAGAUCAUUUUGUCUACCACAAAAACAUUACAUUUCAGAGAAUUCAUACUACAGUAAAUUCCUACCUAGCCAUUAAAUAAAUGUAGAGAAGCAUGUUCUCAGAGAA